AUGUCAGCCAUCCAGAGCGUCGCAAUCAUCGGCUGUGGUGCCAUUGGUGCCUCUUGGUCAGCACUCUUCGUGGCCCAGGGCCUCAAGGUCAAGGCCUUUGAUAUCAACCCAGCAGCAGAGGCAUCCCUGCGCAGACAAGUGCAAGAUGCACUACCCGUCCUGUCUUCCAUCGGCCUGCUUAAGAACACCUCCGCCAAGGCUGAGGAUGUCAUUUUCACAACAGACAUGGCCGAAGCCCUGAGAGAUGUCGACUUUGUCCAGGAGAACGGACCCGAGCGCCUAGACUUUAAGCAAAAGCUCCUCAACGACAUGGCCACCCACCUGAAGCCAGACGCCAUCAUCUCAUCCAGCUCUAGCGGUCUCACCUGCUCUUCCAUGCAAGAGGGUAUGAAGCCUGAAUCCAGACCCCAAAGACUCGUCAUUGGCCAUCCCUUCAACCCACCGCAUUUGAUGCCUCUGGUCGAGGUUGUCGGCGGCAAGCAGACUGACCAGUCGGUCAUUGACGCGGCUCUGGAAUUUUACAAGAACAUGGGCAAGAAGGCCAUUCACGUCAAGAAGGAGGUCGUCGGCCACGUGGCCAACCGCCUGCAGGCCUCGCUGAUCCGCGAGGUCAUGUACGUGCUGCAAGAGGGCAUCUGCAGCGUCAGCGACAUUGACGACGCCGUCUCGUACGGCCCCGGUCUGCGCUGGGGAAUCAUGGGCCCCAGUCUGCUCAUGCACCUCGGAGGUGGAGAGCGCGGCAUUGAGCACUUUGCCAACCAUCUCCUGGGGCCCCUGCAGACCUGGUGGGCGCCCACCGACCCCGUGGUCAACGACGAGCUGAAGAAGAAGUACAUUGACGGAACCUGGGAUACCCUCGCAGGACGGGAAUACAAGGACCUGACUAAGCAGAGAGAUGAGGAGCUGGUCAGACUCUUGAACGUGCGCAGGGACUGGGAUUCUUAUGCAGAGAAUGCAAAGAAGAACUAG